AUGAGUGCGUUUCGGCGCUGGGCACGGCUGAGACAUCGCGUGAGGGACGAGAUGGAUGAUAACGAGUCGCUCGGGUUAACAUAUGAGGAACUCAUUGAGUUGGAGGAACGCAACGUUAUGUGCGGCCUGUCCAAGGCAGAGCUUGUUGGGCUGGGCCAUUUUGAAGCCGGAAAGGAGCAUAUGAACCAGACGUGCCACAUUUGUCUGGAAGGAGUCGAGUAUGCAGCCGUGCUCGUCCAGUUGAAGUGUUCGCACGCCUAUCACAAGGAGUGUAUACAUAAAUGGCUCUCCCGGAAACGAUCCUGCCCCACGUGCAGGUCCGAGCUCUGAUCCUCGUCUUCGCUGUCGAGCGUCAUCCGCUUUUUGGGGCCAGAGCAGGCUGGCGUAGCUAUAUUUUUGGUCUGCACAUCCUCAGCUUGUGUGCACACCGUCACACAUUGUUGCAGACGUCCCUUUCUACUCCCGACGCCCUCAAGAGUGUCAUGUUCCCAACGCGGUAGUUCAAAUUUCUCCCGACACUGUGACCUUGGCUUGAAGGAAGGGUGAUGGGACUGGCAUAUUGUGCGCUAGUGUCGUACUGCCGCACUGUCGCACAGAGUAGAAGUUGAAUUCCCCGCGCGAAGCAAGCGAAAGAGCGCCUGUGUGAGGACGAACUUGUGGGGUACGGUGCUCCGUGUAUUUCAAUGUAGGCUGCAGAGUUUAUCUGUUUCAUAAACCAUUUGCUGGUCUUGGUGAACGCGGGAAGAUGGUGAGCACCUGUUACACUUUGAAUCGAAGAUUGUCUUAUCUUUGUCAUAUGCUUGAGGUUCGCAGUUUAGAUUUAGACUAGUAGUUCGAUCGGUGGCAGCCUGACCGUUGCCGGUAUCAAGACCAGCACCUGUAGACGUCGUCACCCCGGGGCUCGUGUAAAUCUGUUUGGU